GCUAACAACAAACUGACGUCAUCAGAGCGCGUCUCUCGCUCUCGCAGAAACAACUUUCCGCAGAUACGCGUCGAUGUGUCUGAUGUCCGCCGACACACCGUAGCGUGGAUCUGAUCCGCGCCGCACCCGCAGAAGCAGCAGCACCUCGGCGAUAACAUCUCCCAGCGGCGCUCACAGAGUCACGCACGGUCGGGAGCUGCAGAGCUGGCGGUGAUGGCAGAGUGUGUGGGCUUCCAGGCGCAAAUCGCCUCCAUCAUCGAGAUCCUGGCCAACUCCGCCGUGAUGGAGAUCUGUAAGCUGGUGGAAGACGGAUACGCGGCGCUGCGCGUGCAGAUGGAGGAAGAGCGCGAGAAGAGCGAGCUGGAGAAGCGGGGCCUGCGGGAGAAACUGCGGGAGAUGGAGGUGAGGAUGAGGAGCUGCGAGAGGAAGAUGAGGAGACGGAGCCAGCACGCGCUUCAGUUCAGGACAGCGGCAGGUAAACAGGAGGGGGAAGGAGGCAUGAUGCAUGACACACAUUUGAACAUUAUACAUGCACGUGCCAGACACAAAGAAAACACGCGCGCGCGCGCACACACACACACACAGAAAUAAUGUGUCAUAAUUAUUCAGUCUGUGGGUUUUAUGCGUUCGUCAGCCUGGUAAUACUUAAGCCACACACACACACACACACACACACACACAUACAGGCUAUAUCUGGUACAUGUUAAUAUAAAUUAAAAAUCCUGCAAAGACAAUAUAUGAAAUGUUGUAACUAAAAAAUGUAAAGGUUUAUGACAAAUCUGCUUAUUUGUUAUUUAAUAUCAAUAACAUGUUUCUGUAAAGUAGUUCCAGUUUUUUUUCCCCAUCAUGUGUCAUCAACUCUACUUUUCCCAACACUGAACCCAGCAGACCAGUUUCUGGAGUUUGGAAAGUAAAAUGCCCUUUUCUUGUCUGAUAGAAGAUUUAGCUACUUAACAGUUCAGGGUCUUAUUUGUCCUAUUUUUGGUGUCAUGAUGCUCCAAAUGUUUCCAACAGGGGGCAAGUCAGGACUGCAGGCAGACCAGUUUAUCAGCAGGACUCUUCCACUACAGAGCCAUGCUGUUGUAAUCCCUGUUGUAAGAAUGUGGUUUGUCAUUGUCUUGCUGAAAUAUGAAGGUCUUCCCUGAAAAAGUCUUUGUCUGGAUGUCAGCAGAUGUUGCUUCUAAACCUGUAGAUAUGGUUCAGCAUUAAUGGGGCCUUCACAGAUGUGGAAGUUACCCAUCACAUGGACUCUGCUGAUACUCAUACCAUCAGGGAUGCUGAAUUUGGACUGAGAGCUGAGAACAAGCUUGUUGGUAAAAAUGACUGAGUAGGAGGCUUGUGUAUGUUCAGUUGAAGUAACUCUUUACUGCUCAUUUACAUGCUCAUUUUCAAAGGUUAUUAGGAGGUUCAUGUAUUCUAUGAUUGACAUUUGAUACAACCUCUGGGCGUACGAAGAUUGUGUAGCUUACCCGUGGACACACUGUUUGAGCAGAGAGUCAUCACAGCGACUCUCUCGCUGAAUGCGUACAACGCUACUACUUACAGGAAGUGGAGAAAAUCCCGAAAAUACGGAGCAAUUCAGCUUCAAAUUUGUAAGAUGACAGAAGAUGGAGCCCAGUUGUCCAUAGUUACUAACUAACUGAUGAAUUUACACAAUAAGCUUUGUGGGAAUUCAACUCUCAACACAGCUGUUCACAUUCCUGCCCUUCUUUUUUUAACACAACCCCCCAAAGACUAUGAGUCUUUUCAGCUGUCCAGCCUGAUGACUGGCUUGCAAAUACGUCCAGACCUGGUCACAGUCUAGUUAGGCUGAGAGGGUGGAGGUGUAACCUCACUCUGACUUAAGCCUUAAACAUACAGGAUCCGUGUUGAGCGUGUUCUGUCAGCAUCACGUCUCUGCUCCAUUAAGCAGUGCUGUCUAUCGCCCACAGGUUGCGUAUUUGGAGCGUAGCAGUAGCAUAGUGCAGCCCCGAUCAGCUGAGCUCAGUAUAAAGGGAACAACAGGUUGUUUUGCCUUUCUGUCGUCUAUCUCCUGUUAAUUUGGAUAUAAUUCAGUGACUGUUGAGCAUUUACUAUAUGUGGAAAAAGUAACGUGAUUUUACAGUUUCAGUUUUUGCAGGCACUUGUGUUUUAUAAAGUAAACUAUGUUCCUUUAUUUUGUGCUGUUAUCUUCAGACAGACUUAGCAGUUCAAAGUCCUGUUGGGGUCCACAUGGAUCAGGAUCUGCUCUUGUUUUGGUCCUUGUCCCCUUAGUACAGAGAUUCCUCCAGAUUCUCUAUGUAUUUUAAUAAUCUCAUGUUGUAGAUGAUGAAAUCCACUCAUUCCUUCACAUUUGACACCCAGGAUCAUUAUUCUGAAACUGCUCACCCAUUAGCUCACACAGUCUCUCACAGAGUGUUGAACCUCUUCCCAUGUUUCCUCCUGGCAAUCACAGUCUCUCUGAAUGUCCUUUUUAUACCAGUCAUGUUACUAACCUGUUGGGAAUUUAACUCCAUUAGUAGAAGAUAUUCCUACAGCUGUUUUUGUAGCAUGAGACAACUUUUUUUUACCUGUUUGGUUGCAAAAAAAAAGUUUGGGAAUCACUGCUCUAUAACAGCUUAUAACAGCUGUUAUAUAUUAUUGUUACAUCUGGCGAAAAAUUUAAAAUGAGCAUGUAUUUCUUAUAAAACUAACUUUUUCAGUUUUAACAUUUGAUAUGUUGUUUUUGCACUGUUUUCAAUAAUGUACAUGCAUUAGAUGAUUUAUAAAACCAAAAAAAUCUGUUGUUAUCAGCAUUUAAAUAGUCGUAGUAAAAUCACAGAAUUUUUUCUCUUAGUUUUCUAUUUCUAUGUGCAUGUUUUAGCUGUAACACAGAGGGUUUAAAUUUCACAGCAGGUUUUGACAUCCAAGUGUCAAAGUGAAGACUGUGGAGCUUAUUUAGUCUCUACAAAAUAUUCAAAGAAACCUGCCUGAAAGCAGAAGAAGUUGUGGAUUGGACUGAUUUUAAGAUCUGUAUUUUCAGCACCUGAUGAUCUCCAUCCUUUGGCGUCUCCUCCUCCCCCUCCUCCUGUCUCCUCUGAGGACAAACUUCUCCACCACAUCUCAAAGGUACAUCUGCUGAGUGUUUUCUGUACAGUCUGAAACUCUUUUACGCAUGCACAAAACUCAUGAGAACAUCAGAAAAAAAAUUGAACAGCCUGCCAGUAAAAUUUCCCCAAAUUAGUAUAUAUAUUCUUGACCCUGUGGUUUUUAAACUCCAAUCCCAAUAAAGUUUGGAUGUUGUGUAAAAGCGGAAUAAAAACAGAAUAUAAAGAUUUUCAAAUCAUUUUCUACCUAAAUUCAGAUUCAUAUACUACAAAGAUUUUUAAUGUUCAAACUGAUAAACUUAAUUUUUUUAUUAUUUUUUGAAAUAUUCACUCAUUUUUAAUUAGAUGCUGUAACAUGUUCCUAAAAAGUUGGUUCAGGAUCAACAAAAGUCUGAAAACUGAGGGCUGAUCCAAAAACACCUGUUUGGAUCCUUCUACAGGUAAACAGAUUCACUGGAAACAGGUGAGGGUCAUGAUUGGGUUUAAAAGAAGCAUCACAGAAAGGCUCAGUCCUUCACAAGCAAGGAUGAAGCCAGGUUCACCACUUUAACAACAACUGCGUGAGCAAAUAGUCCAACAGUGUAAGAAUGUUUGUUAACAUACAACUGCAGGAAUUUAGAGAUUGGAUCAUCUACGUUCCAUAAAAUCAUCUAAAAAUUCAGAGAAAUCUCUGCAAGUAAGCAGCAAGGCCCAAAACCAACAUUGAAUGAUCGGGAUCUAAAUCUUUUAAUAUCUGAAGUGUACUCUCUGAUGUAUAGCUAAUCAAAGUGUAUAAUGUACAACAAAUCAUUUUGUGAUGUCACUGCCAGACGUAGGACCCCAAACUAAUCUGACCAUUAGAGCAUAUCUGGUAUAUCACCUGCACAGGGUGUGGGACUGUAUGGACAACUUGGCUCUGCCUCCCUCAUUGUAGUUUGAAGUUUGAAGCCAAAUUGUUCUCGGUAUUUUCCUGAAAUAGACAUUUGCGCAGUAGUGUUCAGUGGGAGAGUUGCUGUGAUUAAACUCUGCUCAAACAGCGUAUCUCUCAGAUGAUCUACACAAUCUUUGUAAACCCAUAGGCUGAAUUAAGUGUCAAUCAUAGAAAACAUGAACCCCUAAUAAUUUUAAAAAUGGAGCUGUACAGACAAAAGAGGACUUGAGCACAAACCAGUCUUACCCCGAUUUUCCAUCGCAUACGGAAUGGUGGCGCCGCUGAUCGUUUCCAUUUAAGUUAAUGGGCUCUAUUUUCGUGCCCACUGGCGGCACGGCAGAGGGUGGCGGACCCUGCGCAGUGGUCUAGCGGAGCCCGGUGCACAGCCAGUUUGAUAUUUUCGUGGACUGAGGUGCACCGAGGUCCACCAAGCUGGGUGUGGUGGCACGGUAAGGGGACGUGUCGACAGAAUCAGCUGGCGCAGUGACAUUUUUGUGCUCGCCAGUGGCGUGGAAAGUGGGCUGAAAGCUUGCCGAUUGAAACCUGGUCAGCUUUCAGCGCUGACGGAGCGCAGCUGGUCUAGUGGUAUUUUGGUAGACCGGUGGCGUAGUGCGCAUACGUCACAGAUGCCUCGCAGGCAGGUUUCCACAGUGUCAGGCACAUUUCAUGCAAUAAAUAAUCAUCAACAACUAAUAAUCUGAGUCAGCACAUACAUUUAGAUCUAUAUCAAUAUAUUCUGAUCUAUAUCUGAUCUGAUGAGCGCGUUUGGCACGCGUUUGGACACACAACCUGACCGAAUCAACACAGCUGAAACCGCAUUAGAUUAAAUUAAAUAUCUAGUAAAUAGACACACAUGAUGAAGUUAACAAGAUAUGUUAUUCGUCUCCCUCCUUUUCUUUCUUCCUCUUUCUCUUGUUUCUCGCGCAGCUCGACCUGGACAUGUGUCCAUGUCCUCUCCCCAUCCUGCUGCAGCUGCUGAACAGAUAAUUUGUUUCAGUGAGCAGAUGAGUUAUUUACUUCAAGCCUACAUACGAAUAUUAUUCAGUUGAUAUUCAGUUGAGUGAGUCAAAUUUAUUUUAUAUACCAACAUCUAUGAAAGAAAGAGCCAGGCCACGAAGCGAGAUGGUUCUUUACGCACAGAUGGUUCCGAUUUCAAUGCAAUUAUUGGAAUUCUGUGCGCACAACCCACCUUUAUCACGUGAGGUUUGAAUAUAUGCAACUUAGGGAGGGAGGAUACUUACACCAGACUGCGCCGCUCACCAAAAUACCAAAAUGUGCUUGGGCACGCCUUGUCCUUGGGGCGGACCUGACUUACGCCACGAGGAACGAAAAUACAGCCCAAUGUGUCAAAUUCCACCAGCUUCUUUCUGGCCAUCCAUUCUAUGUACAGUCUAUGAUUGUGACGUAUACCUUUUUUAAGAUAAUUCACUUUUGUCAUGAGUAAAAGACAUGUUAGGGCAGGGGCAUUACUUCUCUCUCUUUCUCAAUGAAACCAGAGUCUAAUUCUGUAUACAGGUACAUGUUUCCAUGAGUAUUAACAGUCUGACAUGACUUCCUUGCUGAUACUACCCCCUUGUGGAGACUUAGGUGAUAUAAUUUCAUCCUCUCACUCUGCUUCUCUUUCUCUUACAUUAGAAAACAGUGGACCAUCUGACAGUACUCAAUGUCGUGAAACUCUAGCAUCACACUGUGUAAAAUAAGAAUCCUAAGUAACAAAAAAAGGAACACUCUACUCAGAGCUCAGAAGAAACACACACAUUCUUGUACUCACAUCACCUGAAACUCUGAAAUCCUCUGUUGUUUUGCACCAAAAAAGGGAAGAAAAAUGGAAUCUGAUCACUUUCUGUUCUUCAUGGAUAUGUUCAUUAAAUUGAUAUGAAGUCAGAGGUUCACAUCAAUGUGUGUUAUGCAUGUGUACAAAGGUGUGUUCUUGACUGUGUGUCAGCAGGAGGACUCUACAGUGUUUCCUCAGGUGAAGAUGGAGAAGGAGGAGAGAGAGGACUGUAACCUGGACCUGAAGGUGGAGUUGAACAUCAGGGCGGAGUGCGGCCUGUCUGCAGGUGAGGGAUAAUGUCAUCACUUGCUGGUUCAUUGUCUGUGUGUGUUUGUGUUUUAGUGUUUGUGUGAACCAUCUGGUUAAAGAGAUAAACUGGAGGACAGACCAUCAGGAGUUCAGUCAACCCAUCAUGAUUGUCAUGAGAAACAUUAAAACCAAACUCCAUUCCCAGAAACAGUACUCAAAAAUCUGGGGCCUCAUUUAUAAAACAGCGUCAGAUGAUCCAUACUAAAAGUGUAAGUGUUCUCAAAAGCUGAAAAUGGCGUGCACCAAAAAGUAAUCUAAAUUACAAAACUUUACAUAUGCACACCUGCAAGCACUUUACCUUUUCUAAAUCACAGUCCACUUGGAAGAUUGUGCAGAUGGAUUCAUCUCACAUCCCACCCUCUACACACUCUCAUGUUUUACAGUGAAGGUAAAACGUACUUUGUUACUUUUCAAAGUAAUUUGUUACUGCAUCGGCAUAUAAAUAAGCCUGCUGAUCAGUGCCAUUUUAUGCUCAAUUAUGGCAGAAAUGAUGGGGAAAAGGAAUUUCACAGAGAUCAAAACAGAGGAGCUAUGGGUGAGAUUCUGCACUGCUGUAAAUAGUGUGAGUGCCACAGAGUGAUCUGUGGCAGAGGUGAAAAAGAAAUGGUUGGAUAUGAAGGUGGAGGCCAAGAGGAGAGUGGCAUGGCGCCAUCAAAGCAUGUCUGCCACAGGUGGGGACAAGGGCACACCUGAGCCCACACCGCUGAAAACCAAAACAGCCUCCGUACUUUUGACAGCCAGUGGGUGUGACAUAGUGUUAGAGAAGGAAGGAGAGACAGAUUUGGCAGAGACCACAGAGCACAGGAAACCACUAAAGUACAAAUGUAUAAAAAAAAAAUUGGAAGAGUUGGAAGCGGCAGGUUCUGGGCACAGCUUGUCCUGGCUUCGUGGCUGAAGGCCUGGCUGUCCCCAGCACCAGUGCGUCCUGAUUGCAUGGUGCACCUGGAAGUGGUUGUGUCCUGACCAACACUGUCCCACAAAUGCAAAGAGACACCAUCAGUGUGAGAAAUUAAGUCAAAGACAAACUCAUGUGAUGUCAUGUCUUACAUUGCCAACUCCAAGGUCUUGUUGACUUGCUGUCUUAUUAAAAACGCCGCAUGACACUUUAUGAAGCCUUGCUCCUCGUUGAAACUCCUGAUGUCGGGGAGUUGAUUGUGGGUAGCGGCCCUCAUAGUGAGGGGGAAGGAGGCUCUGACAUGUUGGGCAGAACUCCACAAGCCCUAAUGAUCUUACACACAUUUGUAGGGUGGUAGAGCAGUCUGCCUCUUAUCAUCAGCUCUCUUUGAAAUCAGGAGUAGAACAGCAAAAAGUUUUUCUCUGACUUCGCCACUCUCGUCUCUCUGCAGCUCUGGAGCCCACUGAAGAGACCCCACCCAGAGAGAUCAUCCUUGACCCAAACAUCACCCCUUCCUCUUCCUCCAUGCCCCCCUCCUCCCCCCCUGACGCCUCCAUGGACCUAACCUGCAGGUCUCGAGCCAAACAGAAGCCCUCCAAACCCAUGAUGAACAGUGUGGCAGUCAGUAUGGGGGCCACGGCGCCUGAGGCGGGGCUGACAGAUGGCGCUCUGAAGCCAGAGGUUCAAGCUGAUGGAGCGGCGGCAGAGGAAGACCCAGCCUCCCAGCUGUCAGCCCCACCAACCUCAGAUGAGCCGAGCCCGGAGCGUCUAGCAGGGCUGGGUCUAGACCUGGCCUGGAUGCAAGAAAGGGUCAGUCAUCUCGGGGCAGCGUAUGCAGUGGCUCAGCUGGGUCUGAACUCAGAGACUGGUCACCCCUCCUCCUUCUCCUCUCAGGGGGGCACAGACAGUCUGGAUGGCCCACCCACCAUGCUCUUCACAGGUGGAGCUCAUGAGAUUGCUGCUUUUGCUGCCUCCUUUGACAUGGCUGCAGCUGCUGUGGUAGCUGCACCCCCCCCUCCACCUCCUCCACCCCCCCUCCCGUCAGCUCCUCCUGCCCCACCCACCAGCCAGAGAAGGCCUUACAGGAGCGCUUCAGCAGCCAAAGAGCCUGCAGUGUGUGCAGUUUGUGGGCGGGUUUUCCCCAGCAGCGCCGCCCUAGAGCUGCACCAGCGCGUCCACACAGGGGAGAGACCGUACACAUGCCCCCACUGUGGGAAGGGAUUUGCUCAGCCAAACAACCUGCGGGUGCACCUCCUCAUCCACACAGGGGAGCGGCGCUAUCGCUGCUCACUGUGUGGGAAGAGCUUUAUUUCAUCAAGCCACCUGAAGAGACACCGCACCGUUCACACGCAGGAGAAACCAUACAGUUGCUCCCGCUGUGGACAGUCCUUCAGCCAAAUGUGCAGUGUCCGACGACACAGGCAGCAGUCUCAGUGUGGACUGUAGACCACAUCUUAAAGGGGACUGAGUCUGGAUCUGAAUUGGGACCAAUCUAAGUGUUAAAAGGGAGCAAGGACAAGUCCUGAGAUCUGAAAAGACGUGUAGGUCCACCUGGAUCAGAGUGGGAGCUGGAGUGCCUGAGAGACUGUUUACAUCAAAUCACAACAUAUCACGUUCAUCAGUUAGUGAGACACCCUGCCUGUGACACACACUCAUACACACACACACACACUGACAGGGGCGGGUCCAGGGAAGGAUGUGGUCUCCUGGUUCAGAGCGUGUUAGUGUAGUCACAGGACCACUUGCUGACACAGAGUCAGGCUUCUGCUCCCUGGUCUCUGAAACCCUCCUCUGACUGAUCACAGUUUUCUUACAGGUCCUCACAGCACCCAUGAUCCCAGCAGAGGAGAGUUAUUUGCAGGGUCAGUUUGGCACAGCAAAGACAGACUAAAGUUAAAUUCCAAGCAUGAAGGGGGUAACAUGCUCUCCCUCAUUUACAGCAAAAAAUUCAAAGUUUCAAUGUUUGGAGUCCAUACGAAAUGUAUGUAAAUUUUGAGGUUAAGUUAUGAUUCAUAAUACUAGAAAAAAAGAUGUAAACUGCUGAAACAGGUUCAUGCAGGAGGGCCUUAAAAAUACAGCGGCUAAAACAAAGCUUUUCAGAUGGAGGCUGAAAUAAUGAUUCUUCAAUAAACCAGAGUGAAAGACAAGAAGCUUUUUUUUUAAUCUAAAAAUGAUGUAAAGCUAUUAAAGAAAUAUCCGAAAGGAAGUACAGAGUCUGAAAAAUGCAUAACAAGGAAAAUUACGAUAAGUGUUUGUCAAUGACCCUUUUCUCCGUGACAAAGACAGAGAUGAGAUACAAUACGUAACUGUUAACAAAAAUUUGGUUUUCCUUUUGAUAACAGAAAAAAGGUGUAAUUAAAGGGGUAAUUUGGUGUAAAAUUAAUGUAGGGUCAAACACACCUUAACACUAAGUUAGACACCCCCUCAAGAGAUGAAUCUUGCCAACUGCUUGCGUCUCUAGUAAUACCAACUUUAGUAAUGACGGCACGAUAGCAAUGCACAGCGGUCUAAGGAGCCAUAAACAAAUCUCAACCAAAAGCCACUCUAUAACCACAAAUAAUGCUCAGAACAGCACCUAACUUCAUCAACAGUACAUAUAGGGUCCCAGCCAUAGUACUAGCCAUCAAACAUCUUUUUAGCUUUGCCUGGUUUCUUUGGCAAAGAGACUAAACACAACUCACCUACUCUCUUCCAGCAGCCGCUUGUUUGUAGCAAGACCACCAGCCAGUCCAUUGAGGACUGCUGCGGGGUGACGCAGCUCAAGGAAGAACAUUUAUGAUCAUCACUUUAUCAUUUCCUUGAAGUAAAAAUCACUAUAAUAAUCAUUUUGCACUGCAGAUGCGGUAGUUCUGCCUUAGCAUCUCGGUCUGAUUGCAUUUCCAUGAAGGAAUGGUGCAUUGCUAUCAUGCGGUCGUUACUAAAGUUGGUAUAACUAGAAAAGCAAGCAGUUGGCAAGAUUCUUCUCUCGAGGCGGUGUCUAACUUGGUGUUAUGGUGUGUUUGACCCUACAUUAAUUUUACACUGGAAUAUCCCUUUUAAAUUCAUCAUAUUUCCCCACUGUAUAUCUAAUAUGUCAUUUAAAAAGAGAGUCUUAACUUAAUUAUCAAACUGAGAUAAAAAGAAAAAAUCCUGAUAUUACAUGAGCUUAAGUUAUACAAAGGAGACGAGGUACAUCUUUGACCCCAUUUUCUGAUUGAUCAGUCGACUUACUUUGAAGACAGAGAACUUUUGACUAAAUUAAUGCAAAUAGACCAGAGGACUUUUUCAUCAACUAAAACUAGGCUAAAACUACUAAGAGCAGAGAUGACUAAAAUUAGACUGUUGCCCAUAUUAUUCCUGACCUGGAUCAGAGGAAAGUCUGGAGCCAAGCUAGAUUCACAUAGCAGAGUUGCCCAGUUUGAAGGAAGCUGUAGCCUAGCUUGUGUGCAGGUUUCUAUGAAAGAACCAAGCUGACAGAUUUCCAUUGUGGCAGAAACUCUUACUAGUGGCAUGUAACAUAUAAACUUACUUCAAAAACACUGAAAUAUCCCUUCAAGUGCAAAUGACCCUCCUUAUCCUCUCAUCUCACCUUGAGUGUUGGUGAUAGUGUAGAACAUUAAUACAACAAUACAAAAGAUACAAAGAUUAAGAAAUGCCCAAAAUGAGCAUGCUCAGUGAAAAAAACAAGACUCUCUCUCGUCUUUAUGCUAACCAUGCCCUGUAGCGCUCACUCUUAUUUUAGAGGUUAUGUUAACUGACCAGGUUUUAAUCUCAGACACUGAGACACAGACCUGAUCCUGGACUCAUCCUUUGGACCUCUUUAACCCCAGCCCCUCCUCACCUGGUGGACAGGACUGAAUCAUUGUCACAGGUGGGCUCUGUCUCCUCCAUGACUGUGUUUCUGACCCCUGUGAAUGUCACAGCUUCAUUUUCACUCAUUUAACAGGAUCAUAUGAUGAGAAAUCAAAUAGUUUUUUCUCUAUCAGAUAUCGGACUGUUUUCAGCUGCUGUGUUUGAGUCUGUCUGAUGUCAGUCUUUGUCUUCACUGACAAUUAAAGAGUGUAUAAAAAUGUACAUUCAGAAAUACACAUAUACAUGAGUAAAUAUAUAUAUAUAUAUAUCUACAGUAUACCAGAGAGUUGUGUUUGUGUGUUUGGAUGUCGUUGGCUGUAGCUCCGUGUUGCACAUCUAAACCUGAUGUUUGGCCUUUUAGUCCUGACCUGUUUAUGUGUUUCUACAGCUGUCAUUAAACAUGUUACAGGUUCACAACGACACCUGGUUUUAUUUAUGAUGUUUCUGCUUAUUUCUUUGUAUACAGAGCUCACCAUAAUCUGGGGGGUGAAAGAAUCAUCAAAUUGUUUUAGAUUGUUUUAACACAAAAUUACAAAAAAAAUUCAGCCAAGCAAAAACAUUUUUACUACAUAUAAAGAUGAUAUUAAAACAAAUUUAAAAAAUGUUUUUUAAACCCUUAAGUGCUUGAAAGAGACUUUUUUCGAUUGCUAAAUCAUGUCUGUCGAAUCAGAUGAUACACCCUAUUUUUUAGAAGUCAUGUGCAACUCUUGAAAGGGACAAUGCAUCAGUUCUUUAAUUUGGAAGACUGUUCUAUUAAAAAUGAAAGAUUUGAGAUCAUUAAGUGCUUAAAUUCUAUCACAGACUGUGGAUCUAACAAAUCAUUUAGUCUUUCAAGGUUUUGAUGUUCUGUAUAAGCUCAAGAGCUGGGCUUGCUUCACAGUAGUGUCUUUCACAACAGUUAUUUGUUUGCAUUAGGGAUCACUACAGCCUGUCUUGUCAUGCUUAUUCUGUCCUUCAGCUUUUCAGACACCAAGAAACACAAUGAUUGCCCAGCUCUGGCAACUACUGAAGCAGCUUUUCGUGUAUUUCACAUGGACACAGCACCUCCAUUUUGUUCAUGUUUUAUUUACCAAAGAAGCAUCUAUGGAGGCACUUUUAGAGCAUUGCUUCAGACUUAAAGGCAGUGGCUUCCUCCCCCUCUACAUGGACCAUUGAUCUUUUGAUCCCUCCCUGCUUUCUGGUCUCUGUGACUCUUAAGAGACCAUGAUGUAGUGAAUGAUUACUAUGCUGUAUUGAAGCAGACUGUAAACUAGAGACAUACUAUGAACUCAUUAAUGAUGUUUACUUACAGAAGACAUCAGCUGAGAGAAACAUUUACUCAUAGACUGAUAGAGAUAUGUACAGGUAUAUACCAUCAGACUACUUCAUAAACAGAAGAGUCUGAGUUUCAGUCCUCUGGUCUCUGUGGAUUAGUCUCUGUCAAAGCUGUUUAGACCAGCAUGAAGAGGGUUUGAUUGAUUUAAAUAAUCAAUUACCACAAUAAAAUUAAACAAUCUUGAAUCAUCAGCCCCCUUGAGAACACCACAUCUGUUGUUGGGUAUCCUGGUCUCAGUCCCUCUGUGAUCCAGUCUUGCUGGACCGGGUUCUGGCAGUCAGCUCUGUCAGGAAGCACAUGCUGAAGUGAAUCUGUAGGGCGUCACAGACUUUGGACCAAAAGUGUCCAGUGAGUCUCUGGAAGAGCCGGUACUGGGCCAGCUCGAGGUCCAACAGCUUGAGGACCACGAACCCGCAGCAGGAUAAGACCGCCAACAGAAGAUAUCGCCGCGUGCGCUCGUCCCCGUGCGUGAUCUGCACGCGCAAGCCUUUAAACACAGCCAUGAGCACGUGACCGCCCAGUGCCAACUCGAAGCCGCGCGUGUGCAGCAACGCCAGGCCGUAGCUGAGAACAGACAACAGCUCAAGCGCCGCCGCAUGCCGCGCGUGCCAACCCCUGGGCCCGCGCUCGAUGAAGCCGAUCCAGACCAGAACCCAGGCGAAGAUCGGCAACGUAACCCAUUGAUCCAGCACCGCGGGAGCGCGCCGUAGCACUGCCAGACGCGCCCACUGCACAGGCGCGUACAGGAUAGACAUGAAGGCAAACACCUGACGCAGGUAUCGGCCCUGCUCUGGCUCUCUGACGUCGGUGUGACGCAGUAGCCAAUAAAGACCCGUGAGGGCGUACAGCAGGUUGACAAGACAGUUGCAGGGCAUCGCGAGGAAGCCUGGAAAGUGGUCCACACGUCGCUCCGCAUAGUGAUCGUACGACAGAUCCACCGCAACUUCAUCAAAAACCCGGCAACACGUCAACAGAGCGCAGAGCGUGAGCGGCAGCGCCACGUGCAGCAGAGCGGAGAGCAUCAUGUAUGGUCGAUUACCAUGAUCGAUUAAAAGUCGAACAAGGAGCAGCAAGCGAGAGACUGUGGGCAAUCAGCGUGUUCCUGUUCUAGGUUCUUCUUCUUCUGCUGAUCUACCUGUUUGUUCAGUCAUUCACACUCAGCUACAGGUGAGCAGCGCCGUCUGCUGUUCACCUCGAGAAUAAGGUUUUAUCAGGGCAAAAACCAUAGACUGUGUAUAGAAUAGUAUAGAAUCUGUAUACAGCAGCUGGCGCUGUAGCAUUGCAGACAGACAGAACACAGAUAUGUCUUGCAGCCUGCUGAUGAGGAAAAAGGAAUGAAACACUCCCCUGAUUAAUUUUUAUAUUUAUUUAUUAAAAAAUAAAACAAGUCCUUAAACAAAAUAACACACACAUAAAUUCAUAAAUCCUCGACUCUGUAUUUGUGCAGUUUAAACGUUUAACACACUCAGACUGUUUCUAUUCACUUAGUUUAAAGACAGACAGCUGCAACUUAACUCAGAGCUGACAAGACAAAAGCAAACAAUCAUAGACAGACUGGUGACAGACAGGAUCUGAAGACAGAAUCAGCAGACGUCUGAGUCUCAAUGCAACACCUUCAUCCUCUUUAUUCUCCUCUUCCUCUUCUUCUAUCUUCUCUUUGUUCCUCCAAACCCUGACAGAGAAUAAAAACUCCUGAGUGAGUCACCUGUGCCAGCUGUCUCAGGUAAGUUUACAGCUCAGGUGUGUGUGAGGAGCUUCAGUGCAGUGUGUGUGUACCUGAUGCAGUGCGAGUCCCAGAGGAGGAGGGUCCGGUAGAGGGUGCUCUGUUGCUGUUGUUGCUAAAUGUGGGGUAGUUGUGGUUGUGGGGCUGAUUCCUGUAGAACACACACAUGCACACGCACACACAUUUAUUUUUUAACAAAGCGAGAUCCACUUGAUGGAAGUUCCAAAACUGAUCUCUCCCACACUAACAUACUUAAAAACCCUCAUGACACUCAUGUUCAUGUGUUGAAACAGUGCCGGCUCUCUCGCUGUUGCUCAGUCUGGCAGUAAGAUCACUAAAGACUGACACUUAAUCCUUAUUCUAACAGCUUGUUUUCACCUAAAAGUCCAGUUUGGUACAGUGCAGUUUGGUCUGGCAAACCUUGAUGUCACUUGAAUUACUAUGGCAGACUAGAUCCUACUGUGUUAUGCCUUGAUUUUGAAGUUAUGUUCUGAACAUUGAUUGGUUGGUUUUCUUGUUUUCCUUGUUUUAAUUUCUCACUUGUACUCUUCCAAAUUAUGUCCCUUUAACAUGUCUUUGUUUAGGCUCACCCGUGUUUUCCACUUUCACCAAAACACUAAUGGUGCUGAAUUUAAUUUCGCACCUGCUGUCAGUCCGCUGUCUCUCUAAACUCUCCAUGGUGUAAACAAGACAAACAUGCAAACCCUAAUUUAAAUAUCACCUCCUCCUUCAUAGUCUUUGCGCCUGACACCAUUACACAGUUCUUCUUCAUUGAAUAACAACAACAACAAAUGUGCAAGAUAUAAUGAUGUACGCAAGCAAUUUAAUACUGGUCAUGAGGGGUCUUUGUAAACCAGAGGCCUGUACUACGAAGCUGGAUUUGGUCUUGGCGAGAUAACUUCUGGGUUUUCCAUACUGCAAAGGUGGAUCUCUUAUUAUCCGGGUCCGUUGCCCCGGUAACUUACGCGGAACGCCAAACCUGCUCCAGAGCAGGUUAUGUUUCAGGAUAAGAUCUCAGCAGGUAUAAAAGACCGCCCAAUGACCAAUCGGAUCUCUUGGAAAAUGGCCUGCCCACUUUUGCCGGAUCCCGGGGACAUCGUUGCACGGAUGGUGAGAGGAGCGCUUCGCGUUUAUUCAUGAUCGUUCAAAUCCGUUUGAUGACGUUCUCUAUGAACGUUAUAGGUUUUCCUCGGACGGCCUCAACAAAGCAUGAAGUCUAAGCAAUGCACUAAUAUUUGCCAAGCUCCAGGUUCCAAUUUCAUGCAGCAUAUCAGUCAUCAUUCAGAAUUUAUUGAAGCAGAUUGGAAAACUGCUCUUAACCCUAACUGUGUCUGCAGAUGACAUGUGACCAUCAGAUGAAGAAGAAAAAAAAGGCAGUGUGAGGAAAUCACUGUUUAUGCGUUGAAAUAUGUACAAAUAAAAUCUUCCAAUAAACCUACAAACUACUUUAAAGGAUGUUUUUAGAUUUAUUUUUAUUUGCUCCCACGUACUCUUUUCCCCACUGCUGUUGUAUCUGAAAUAAUGAGGUCUAUGAUGGAGGUUAUCACACACGCUGCAUGACAACAUAUUAGGGGGCCAUACAUUUAUGAACGCACAAAUGUAAUUUACACAAUCGAUGAUUUUUUUUUGCCAGCAGUCCCUCCGGCUUUUAGCGGCUGCGGCUGUCCUGCUCCUCACAGUUAGAAUGUUGCGGUACUCCUCGUAAAAUAAAGCUCUGUUCUUCGGCUGUGAAAAAUGACGUGCAGCCUUCUCCAUUGUAGAGAUUGGUACGGUGGAACUGACUCCACCCCCUUUACAUGUGCGCGCACAAAUCUGAAGUGGCCACACCUGGAUUCAGUUAUCGAGUUGAUAACCGGCUUCGUAGUACAGCUGAUCGGGAUCGCGGAGAUCCGGUGAAGUUAAGCGAGGUGUCGCAGAGUUACCCUGGAUGUGUUAAUCCAGCUUCGUAGUACAGGCCUCAGGUCAGUAAAGAUAUAAUCCAAUACGAUCUGUCUGCCCCUUCCUCUCACUUAAUCCUUUACAGUUUAGGGUCUAAUUAGUGUUUGUGGUACCCCAACAGUAAGGCGCCAAAAAGUGCAAUGGUACCAGUCAGUCAGUGUGGUUUUACAAACUUUACAAACGUUUUUGUUUUCAUUGUUUUACAAACAAUGGAAACAAAAACAGGCAGA